UAAUAAUGAUAAUGUUUUCAAAUGUUUCACAGAAGACAAUUUUCUUUUUUAAUUAGUACCUUUAAAACAACAAGAACAACAACACACUUAUUCUACAGUUUUGAUUUUGCAUUGGAAUUUUGCAGCAGUGCAUGUGAUCUUUGGUUUUAAGCCAUGUUAAAUUUGUAACAAGAGGGUCAGACAUUUCAUACUUGGCUUCCAAAUUAAAAAAAAAAAAGAGUGAAAAAAAAGUGUGUGUUCAUGAGUACAGAAGAGAUCACCCUGGAAUUUCUUCACGGGUCAGAGCUAGCGACAGUGACCAUCUCAAUGCUAUAGUCAAGAAAGGCAAGAACAGAGAAUCAACCCUGGAGAAGAUGUAUGUUGGCUGGCUGAUGGAUGCACAUUGGGGAUUACAUUUGCUUGUUUUGUUCUGAAGAUGACCGAAGCUGAACAAGCUAUUUUCUCCUACUGGCACUAAACGCACACACACAUACACACACACACACAUUGCAAGACUAUGAUUCUCUUUCUCACACUUAACUUCCUUGUGGUUUUUAAAAUCACUUUGGUUAGUCUGUCAGCUCAAGAGCUCUGGAACUGUCCCAAAGGAUACCAAAUACAGAAGGAAAAUUCUUCUUGCAUAGAUCCUACACCAUUCCUCAUUUUCGUCCGAGGAAAUGCAGUCUUUGGAAUGGAUACAGAGGGAACCAAUCACAAAAGACUGGUGGCUGAUGCUGGAUUAUCAGCAUUAAUAGAUUUUGAUUAUCGAGAAGAACAUCUUUAUUGGGUGGAUAUUAAAGAAGGUCUUCUGAAACAAGUAUACCUGAAUGGCUCACAUCAAGAGACCAUUUGUUACGUAGGAAAAGAUAUAUCUGGAUUUGCAGUAGAUUGGAUAAACCGAGAGUUUUAUUUGGCUCACUACCAGGAGGCCACCAUUGAGGUAAUCAAUGUGGAUGAAAACCAUUCCCAAAUCCUUGCAAAAGAUGAACAUCAUCCCACGAGUCUUGUGGUCGAUCCAAGCAAAAGGAUUUUAUUUUGGUCUUCUGAAGGAGCCUUUGACAGCAUCUAUAGAGCAGUUCUGGAUGGUAAAGGGGUGUGGAGAGUUCUACGGAGCAAAGGAAAAAUCAAAACCAUCUCCCUAGAUUUGAUUGAAUUGAGGCUCUUCUGGGUCCAGUAUGAUUACGCUGAUGGUGAUGGCAAUGGCAAUUCAUACAUUGGAACCUGUAACUAUGAUGGUAGUUCUGUGCAUUUAAGCAAACAUAUAUUACGAAAUCAAGUCUAUGACAUAUUUCUCUUUGCUCAUCACAUGUACUACUCUGACUCAACAACCAAUACUAUUCGGAGAGCCAAUAAAUUCACAGGAAAGGAUAUAGUUGCAAUUAACCUGCAACCAUCAUUUCCUCCACCUGCUGAGAUCAUGGUGGUGCAUCCUUUAAAACAGCUUGGCAAAAGGAUGGAUUCUAAAGCAUUUGAGAGACCCUGUCUUUCAAACAGAAAAAGCUGCAAGACAAGCAUCUGCAAGCAAGACUCCAAGGUCCAUCAAUGCAAAUGCAUGAGUGGGUUUACCUUAAGCAAAAAUUCACGGUAUUGUGAAGAUGUCAAUGAAUGUGCAUUAUGGAACCAUGGCUGUACUUUAGGUUGUGUCAAUAUCCCAGGCUCCUAUUAUUGUAUAUGUCCAAGAAAUUUUGUUCUACUGCCUGAUAAGAAAACAUGCCAUGAAUUAAUUUCCUGUACAAGCAAUUACAAUCACUGCAGCCAUGGCUGUGGGCAGACACCCAUGGGACCUGUUUGCUUUUGCCCUGAGGGAUCAGUUCUCCAAGCAGAUGGAAGAACAUGCACAGGUUGUACAUCUCCCGAUAAUGGUGGUUGUAGCCAGAUCUGUACUUCUUUGGGUCCAGCAACUUGGGAAUGUGGUUGUUUUCCUGGCUAUAGUCUCCAGGAAGAUAAAAGACAUUGCAGUGCUACAGGACCCAAGCCAUUUCUGUUGUUUGCAAACAGCCAAGACAUCCGCCGCAUUGGUUUUGAUGGAACAGAUUACUCAAGUUUACUUGACUGGCAGAUGGGAGAAGUCUUAGCUCUGGACUAUGACCCUAUUGAAAAUAAGAUUUAUUUUGCCCACACAGCCUUGAAGUGGAUAGAGAGAACUAAUCUGGAUGGCACAGAACAUGAAAAAGUUAUCCACGAAGCAGCCGAGAGACCUGAAGGGCUCGCCGUGGACUGGAUUAACCGCAAAUUGUAUUGGACUGACCCUGGGAAGUCCUGUAUCAAAAGCAGCAAUCUAAACGGAAUGCAGAGGAACACAAUUAUCCAGAAGAAUGUGUCUCACCCUCGAGGAAUUGCUGUUCAUCCAUUCACUGAGGAACUAUUUUGGACGGACCUAGGGAUCAAUCCACGGAUUGAAAGAUCUUCCUUACAAGGCUCUGAUCGUCUCGUUAUAGCAAAUUCAAACUUACUUUGGCCCAGCGGAAUCACUAUUGACUACUUGGCUGACAAGUUGUACUGGUGUGAUGCGAAAAAGUCUGUUAUUGAAACUGCAAAUUUGGAUGGUUCUAAACGGCGGAUACUCACACAGAAUGAUGUAGGCCAUCCAUUUGAUAUAACAGUGUUUGAAGAUCACAUUUGGCUCUCUGAUUGGAGUAGGCCAUCAAUAUUGAGAGUGGACAAGAAGACUGGCCUAAAUAGGGUGCGCCUUGGAGGCAGCAUGCUGAGACCUUCAUCCCUGAUCGUUGUUCAUCCUUUAGCCAAACCAGGUGGUAUUUUCAUGUCCAAGAAGGGUGUGCCAGCUAACAGCACAUUUGACCAGCAAUCUCUGAGUAAUGGUGUACAUGGAGAUAGCCAUGGAGAUGAUCUGCAGAUGAAACAGAUGCUGACUGCUGAAAUCGUGGUGUCUAACCAGGACGAUUGUACAUGGUUGGGAUGUGAUGUCAAUGCCCAGUGCAUUUUGAAUGGAGAUGGUGCUUCUUGUCAAUGCCAAACGGGGUUCAUCAUGGAAAGCCAAUUAUGCUAUGAUGUUGACGAGUGUGGUUUUAACAUGGACCGAUGCAAUCGGAGCUUGUCGAGGUGUAUCAAUACUGAAGGCAGCUAUUUUUGCGAGUGUCUUGUGGGAUACACUGAAGAUGGACUUCAUUGUUCUGAAUCUGCCAUAUCUCCUACCACUCCGACCAUGGAUAAGUCCACUUCAUCUGAACAAGACAGUCCUAUUGUCUGCCCAUCAUCAUACUGUUUCCAUGAUGGAGUUUGUGUUUAUUUUUCAGUUCUGCAAGCUUUUGCAUGCAAGUGUGCGAAAGGUUACCUGGGAGAGCGUUGUCAGUUCAGUGACUUGGAGUGGUGGGAGCAGCAGCAUGUGAUCAAGAAACAGAACAUCGCCACAGCUGUUUGCUUGGUCGUAUUGUGCUUGGUUCUUCUCCUCGGAGCUGGAACUGCCUACUGCUACAGUAGACAACAGAAGUUUUACAAGAAGGAACCCUGUGCAGAAGCAAUAAAGGAUACUAGCACCAGCAGCAGCGCUGACAGUGAGAACAUGACUCUCCCAACCAGCAAGCCCCUGUUAAUUGUUGUGAUGCAACGUGAUGAAAAUAAGAAAGGCAGACCCAUUGAUGGAACAGACUGCAAUACAGAAGAUCUUGAUUAUUUCAGCAUUUCAGAACCCUAACCAUGGAAAGUUGGACCCCUACAGUUGGUAAACGAUGUAACAGAGCUCUCUCCAGCU